GUACUAAUCACUACAUAUUGUGUACUGUAGCUAUCCAGUGUGUUUGACUACAUAAGGAUGUAAGGUACACAGUAUUAGAGGCAGUUUGUCUGUGGCAUGGCACACAACCCCAGACAUACCGACUGGCCAAUUCUCAACAUCUUUCCUUGUAGGAGGACAGAUAUCAGUUACAUGAGUUGUAGCGCAAUGUGCAUCUAAGCAUAAGACAGUGCUGUAUGCAGCAUAUUGCACUCUAUAUAGUGAUCUGUGUACAGUUUUUAUACACUAAGAGCUGUAUAUACCUAAUUCAAAUUGGUUGUCCUGUUUUUCGUUUAUGCAUUAUGCUGAGUCAUUAGGAACGAUCAGUUAAUGUAAGUUUUCUGUUCGUCAAUGGCUGCCGUCUGUCAUUGAACAUUUGUAGUCUCUCUCCGAGAUUUCCAUUCUUAGAAGAACAGUCACUGGCACUGUGUGAUUGUGUGCUCCUUUCUUUUUGUUGCAUAAGACUUCUAGUACUAAUGCUCUUGUCUGUAGUUUGUGCAUACGUAUGUAUGUGCCAAUCAGUAAUAGGACUGGGUGUUGUCAGUCAGUAAUAAUGUGGGCUGUCUACAUGUUGUUGUUGUUGUCUCCUAGGAGACGUGGUAGUGAUAAUAGAGCAGACGUUGGCAGGAGACUAUUUCGUCAGACACAACACAGAGAACAGGGCGGUCGGAAAUGGCUGUGGACUACAUGUGAGAUCAUUCCCGAGGACGUGGAUCAGCUCCCGCUACCAGCUAAGAACAAAUCAGACCAAACUGCCUCUAAACCAGGUCAAAAUCUUCAUCGUCAGCUCGGAGUAUCUCGUAGGAAGGGAGUUGAAGUUCGUCAGAGGAUGUCUGGAGCCUUCACCACUACAACUGACACCUCCGAACAGAAUGGAGAUCGCUCAACUAGUCAGUCGUCAACUUUUCCUCGUCUCUCUAAACCUGUCACCACAACAGCCCCCUCUUCAGCGCAGUCUCUCAACCGUAAGCUCCACCAAUGCCCACAGAUCUCUACCAAGGACUAUAGGUCAGCCACUUUAAUCCCGGACGUCGGUGAGACCGGUGACGUUCACCGAGACAGUCGCUCGGCAACGGUAGCCAUGGCAACGGUGGAAGGAGCCAGUGCGCAGGAUCCGGGAGACGACGACGUGGUGGAGUACGAGGAGGGGUUUAAGAUGGUGGAGAAAUACAACAUCAUCUCAGUCUCAGGAUCAGAUCGAGAUGGUCGUCCAGUGAUAGUCAUAUCGGCAUGUCGUCUCCCUCCCUCAUAUGCCAUCAAUCACGACGUCCUACUCAGGUAUGGGAAGUAUUUCCUGGACAAGAUAGUGGAGCAGGACUACACACUGUUGUACUGCCACCACGGUCUGAGGAGCCACAAUAAACCGUCUUUCUCGUGGCUGAGAAAGGUUUACGCAGAAAUGGACCGCAAGUACAAGAAGAACAUCAAGAAGGUGUAUGUUCUCCAUCCGACCAACUUCAUCAGAGUCAUGCUGUCCCUCAUGAAGCCUUUCCUCAACUACAAGUUUGGGAGGAAGCUGUCCUACGUCAACAGACUUGCAGAGUUGGAACAGGUUCUGUAUCUGGACAAACUGGAUAUUCCCGACGAAGUCAAGCAGUAUGACCUGUCCCUGAAGGUUCCAGUCCGCCAUCUCGCCACCUCUGACUCCCGCUCCGUCUUCCACACUCCUCUCCCUCUCUCCGGGGAGGAGGAGAAGGGAGGAGAGGCGUCCGCUGGCCACGCAGCUCGGGCCUCCAGAAGACAGUUUGGAGUGAGGCUCGAA